CUUACCGAAGGUCCAUUUGGUCGAUUCUGGUCCAUCUCCCUCACUUGUUCCUCUCUCUUUCCCUCAAUGGUCUCCGCUCUCAUUGCAGCAGCCGCUGAAGGCCGUCUUGAAAAUGUAGUAGAAAUUCUCUGCGAGAAUACUUCGAUCAACAUCAACGGAAAAGAUGAACAAGGUGCUAUUGCAGUUGUUGAAGCAGUGAAAAAUGGACAUGUGGAGGUCGUUCGGGUUCUACUGGAGAAGGGUGCUGAUUCUGCGUUAGCUCUGAACCUCACGCAGGACCCUUCGAUGCUUGAACUACUGAACCAGAGCAGGUCAUACCCAGCACAAUCCCAAGAAAAAUCAUUUUAUCCACAGGCGCCGCCCCCCGGUGCUCCAGCUGGUUACGCUUAUUAUCAACCUCAUCCUCUGCCCGAAGGCGCUGUAUUCUACCCUCCUCCCCCUCAUGAUCCUCAUCAUACACAAAAUCCCACAGGUGGUCCCGGAAAUCUUCCUCCACCAGAAAUCGCUCGCCUGAUUCCGUGCAGAUAUUUCCCAGCUUGUCGCUACGGCUCUUCUUGUAUUUUUGCGCAUCCUCAAGGACCUUAUUUCCAAGGCCCGCUUCCGCCUCCUGCCCAAUAUCCCGCUCCGUACGAUCCCAUGAGUCAGCAGAAUUAUUCUCCCAAUUAUUAUCCAAUAUCACCACCUUCCUUCCAACCACAACCACCACCUGCUAAUGGUGUACCCAUGAACACGCUCCCUUCGUCUCCACCACCUUCAAUGUCCCAAGUUCCUUCAUCAUCCGAACUGUCAUCUCCACCUCCUCCCCCAUUCACUCCAAACGGCGCACCCGUUCAGUUACCGUAUCAACCAAUGGUUGGUCCUUCCCCUUAUCCUCCACAUCAUGGCCAGCCGGGUAACAUGCCAUUGGCUCCCCCACCCGUUCAACCUGUAUACCAUCCAUCUCCCCCCCAAGGCCAACCUCAAUCACCUCCAGCCAUGUACCACGGCACCCCCAACGGAACUUCAGCUCCCGGUCCCUUCGUAUUGCAAGCCAACGUGGUAUCUACGUAUUCUGGCUCUGCGCCGGUACCAUACUCGGAUGGCAAUACUGCUCUAGUCAAAUCCCCUCACUCCAACCCCCUGCCAGAAAACUUCCCUCCUGGGCCCCCUCGUGAUAACUUUGGCCUGCACCGACGCGGCGGUGCUAGACGCGGUUCGUUUGGCGCUCGUCCCAAGCCACCUUGCCUCUUCUUCCCCGCAGGAAAAUGCAAGAAUGGCGACGAUUGCCGCUUCCCUCACAUCUUGCCCGAGAAUAACUCCAUCACACAGCAAUAUUUUAGCGGUCGGGGCGGUGCCCCACGAGCCCCGCGAGCUCAUUUGAACGGCCACACAGGUCUGGAACAGAAAAUGUCAAACCUGUCUGUCCGCGAUGCACCACGUUCUCCGAAUGGCAAUGAUUCUAACAGCAAACCCGAUAACCGCCCGCGCCACGGAUUUGGCCACCGUAACCUCCUCAACAAUGCUGCUCAACAAUCAAACGGCAAGCGCCCGUUAUUACCGAAGCAACGCCUCCCGAACGCAGACGAUUUCCCCGUACUCGCUGGGUCAACUACACCUCCUUCAUCCAAAGCUAUAAACGGAUUUUUUAAUCAUGUCAAUGGACCGACCGCUGCACAAAUCUUGCAAGCACCACCUCCUCCUACUAAGAGCACCAGUAGUAAUGUCACUCGUACAACAUCCCCCGACUCUACGAGCUCGGCAAAGGACUCUAGAGCUGAGAUAAAUGGGACUGUUCCUUCAAUUGCCCCCGACGAGCAAUUCGUGAAACCUGCGCCUCCAUCGAAGCUUCCUAUCUCCUUUGCGGCUGUCACUGCCAGUGCACCCACUGCCACAAGUAACGUUCCCGAAGCCCCGGUGGAGGUUUACGUCUCUGCUUGAGGAGUCUACUUUGAUUGUCGUGCAACCUUUAUCAGGUGAAAAAGUAUCGACUUCCUUGUAGUAGACGAUUUGUACACUGCUCUCACAGGACGUCUAGAUUAUUAUUAUUAUCGUGGACUACCAGUCAUCUUGCCUAAUUUAUCGUGAGUUGGGUGGUUGGUGGUCCGUCUAAUCGUGUGUCUUCUCUUUCCUUCACAGUGCCACUAUCAGAUUUUGCUUUUAUCUGCUUUCUUGGGUAUCCGGUCGCGCCUCCCUGUUUUUUAUACUUCAUUGUCCCCUUGUACAUGUUGUUCUUACCACGAAAUGAACUCGUAUUUAUUAUUAUAUCUUUUUGCUGUUUAUGUCUCUUCUAUUUCCUGUAGAUAUGUUCUUGUUUGUGAGCCGAGUUUUCUGUUCAUUCUUCAUUGCUUCCCUUUCUCCCUGCUCCUCAGUUCUAACUGCAUCAAAACCGCACAAAUUAACCUCACCUCGUCUUUCUUUUCUUUGUUCCUUC